AAGAGAGAAUUCCCCAUCUCUCGUUCUCACUCCUCGGCUGAAACCCCCAAACACAUCUCUCUCUCUCUCCUUACGCUGAGAGCUCUAUUUGUUCUCUCGAUAUGUUUCCGGCGAGGAAUCUGGCGCCGCAGCCGUCGACCAUCUCUUUCAUCUGAAUCGUGCCCUAGCUCUUCCUCAAAUCCUCUGGAAAAGGCGAAGAUGAAAAGCCCCAAUUUUUCUCCUUCAUCUGAAUCGUGCCCUAGCUCUUCCUCUGCCCAAAUCGUCGCCGCCCUGCUACAACUUCCGGCGGCAUCGCCGCCCUACGCGGCUCUGAAACUCCGGCAAAGUCGACGCCGUGCACCGGAGUGUCUUUCUCUCUCAAUUCCCGUUCACAACAGAGCUCGUCUGCUGGCGAAUGGAGCUCGCCCUUCUCUCUUUCCCCGUGGAUCUCCGCCGCGAAUAGCUCCGGCGAGGCCGGCUGUCGCCGCCUCUGAAAUUGGCGACGCCAGCGCCGUCCCCUGCUCCACAUCUCACAUCCUCACUCACGCGCACCCGACGGAGGCAAGGGUCGUGCCCAGUCCUCCCAUCACAAACCGCCGCGACGCCGCCUCUUCUCCUGUCGUUUCGGCAGCCGUUCGCUAUUGUUUCCGAUUGUCUCAUCGACAAAGGGUGGUGUCCAGAGGGUCCAUUUAUUGGAUGGCACAAUUGGGGGAGUGUUAUUGUAGGAAUUGUUUCAGAGAGAUGGAGUGGGUACCAUGGUAGCUAGGUAUCACCCUCUUUAACAGAUACUUUCUCAAACUAUAUUCAAGUAAUAUUUGAAUUUCCCUUGAAUAUCAUUUUUGUAAGAUAUAGGUCAGCAACAGAUGCCCAGUUAGGUGAAGAGAUCUGGAAUAUACUUAUGCUGUCAGUAGCUUGUGCCUGUUUUUUCAACUCCAAUACUGCAAAGUAACUAAUGAAUUAAAAUCCCUGCCUGUUGCAGAUAUUUCUUCUUC